GAAAUUUUGCACCAAAUUCAAUUUAAUUUGGACUCUGGAGAGAUUAAAAAUGGAGUUGAAAUCACCCAAAGCGAAGAAAAAGACGUCUAAAAUAUCAUGGAAGAAAUUAUUUCGAUCUCCGAUCCUCUUGCUUCUCCUACUCGGCACCUCAAGCUGUGACAAUGACGUAGUGACAAGUGACAUUGACGGAGAUGUCAAAUUUGACAGCUCGAAUAGUACGAACGGUUUGAGGAUAAGGCAUAUGCACAUUCAGCCAGCUAAUGUAACUUUUAAUAAACAAGUUUUAAGUGAUAUUAAAUAUUUAAGACGGCAUUUGAACCGAGAAACUAUUAAUUUUAUUAUGAAAGACUAUUUAGUGGAUGGUGAAGUGGAGGUACGGGUACAUUAUAAUGGAAUAACUGCGAAGGAGACAUCGGUUGGUGUUAAUGGAAGAGGGAUAAAACUACGUCAGCUGACCGACGGUCGCCAUCUUGUUCAAGUAAUUUACACACCAGAUGGCGUAAUACAAGAUUGCGAAUAUCUUGCCGAUAGCAAAACUACUAGAAACUUCCUAAAAACAUUAAGAAAAGAAUUAAAAUUAGCACUAGAGGAGCAAACUUAUAAAAUUUUAGAGAAAAACGACAAUGAAGACGAAAGAUUUUACCGCCAUUUUGGAAAUGUCACUUUGAGGUUAUUAAAGGACAAUGAAAAAUUACCGCCAGAUAUCGCCAACUGGUUAAAUUAUGACAGAUUAAAAAUGGAAUGUUUGGAAAGACAUGAAGAAUUGACUUAUAUGAUGUCAAAUAAAAAUAAAAUUGGAGAAGAAGUAUUAACAAGGUCUAGAAGAUCGUUCAGGGAGAAUUUUAUAAUGCCCGGAACGAAAUGGUGCGGAGCCGGUCAAUUAGCGGAAAGGUACAACGAACUAGGCGACGAUAGUAAUGAAGAUAUGUGCUGUAGGGCCCACGACAAUUGCAGGGCCAACAUCGGCGCCUUCAGAAAGCGUUUCGCCUAUUUUAACUAUAGGCCGUAUACGAUCUCGCAUUGCCGUUGCGAUAGGAGAAAAAAGCGGGACGCUAUGGAGUUACUACGAGUGCCUGGUACAAAAUGGUGCGGCAAAGGAUUCUCUGCGACACAUUAUUCCCAACUUGGAGGUUAUACACGUACUGACAGAUGCUGCCGAGUUCACGACUUAAGGUGCCCAUUUUGGAUCGGCGGUAUGGAGAAGAAAUAUGGACUUUACAACUGGCGAGUGAAUACACUAAUGCAUUGCCGAUGCGACGAAAGAUUCCGGGCUUGUCUAAAACUCGCCGAUACUUCGGUAUCCAAUAUGGUUGGCAAAUUAUUCUUCAAUGUAGUACAAACAAAAUGUUUCAUUCUUAAACCUGUCAAAAUGUGCACUCAACGGUCCUGGUGGGGGAAAUGUUUGAGAAAAGGUUACCAAAAGCAAGCAUUCUUAAGAGAUAACCUGCCGUAUUAAAUACAAAAAGCGACCAAGUAAUCUGACACUGUCAGAGAGGCGCUGCUAUCGCUGCUAAUCAAACUUUUUAACGGAGAAUAUGUAAAACUUAGACGUACAAAAUGCCACAAGACAGCUACAGUACUACGAGAAUCUUGUGGCUUUGUCAGAGGGCGCAAAUGGGCUAUUGUAAUUUACUUUCAAUUACCACCGGGUCAUUUUUUAUGAGUCUAUACUUAAACCUUUUUACAGCCGCAUUACACCAUGUUGAUCUGUGGUUUUGGGCUAUGGUGUUACU